GUAGCUGAAUUAGUGCUGAACAGAAGCUGCUGAGGUGCUGAAGUCGAGCACGAGAUGUGACUGAAACCAGUGUGAUCCAAUCAACGAGUGUGUUAAAGGACGAGUUCCGCCCUCGUGUCGGUUUAAUCGGUCCAUAUGAUCACGGGAGCGCGUAUAGAGCGCGUGCCAACUGAAAUAACGAGCUAUCAGCGCGAGACGGAGAGACUGGAUUAUGACGCGCGUCUGAGUGUAAUGUCACGCGCGGCGGGGACGCGUGGCUGGGACAGGUGUGUUACCUGUGGCUGUGAACGGAGGGAAUGGGCUCGGAUCAGCAGCGCUUUCCUUGAACCCAGCAGUUGUUGAGCGAUCAGACGCGUGUUUGGAUAGUGGAGCGGUCGGGACGAGCCGGUGACUCUUGUGUAUCGAUUGAUCUCGAGCGACGGAUCGUGACGCCUUCGGCUCGGGUGAAGACACGCAAACCACUCCCUGAGCUCUCUUAGUGAUUGUGCAUCCAGUGUGAACGGGGAUUGUGUGCGGUUCUGACGCAUUCGUGAACCGGGCUGCGGUAUGUGCGAGACGGUGAUGGCCGUGUCUCAGCUGGACAUCGAGCCUCAUCCACCGGAGAACGGCUUCGUUACCCCCGAAACCAAUAAAUCGCCCGAUUUACUCUCGCAGAUCGACGGCGGUGUUUUGCCGAGCGUGGGCGGCUUCGGGAGAUUUCAGAAACAGCUGAUCGUUUUAACAUGGAUCCCGGCCAUUUUCAUUGGCUUCAGCCAAUUUUCUGACUAUUUUCUCCUGGCUGUGCCGGAUACUUGUGUGCAAGUGCAGCGGAAUAGCAGCGGUCCUUCUCCCGGUGUUACACCGGCGAUAUUCAAUUUCACCGUCAAUAACGCGAGCGGCUCCGCUAAUGCGUCAUCACAGUGCAUCUGCACGCAGUCGGGAUGCGAACUGCAAAUCGGACUAGAACAGAAUGUUGUCACCAAGUGGAACCUGGUGGGGGACUCUGCCUGGGUGGUACACAUUGCCAAAUUCUCCCUGUUGGUGGGCUCCAUCUUUGGAUACUUGGUGUUGGGAGUUCUGGCGGAUUGGAUUGGACGACACCCGGUUCUGAUCCUGUCCGUCAUCUUCAUGUUAAUCUUCGGCAUGACGGUGGCCUUCUCCGUCAACGUCCCGAUGUUCAGCACCCUGCGCUUCUUCGAGGGCUUCUGCUUGGCAGGAAUCACGCUCUCGCUCUAUGCUCUGAGGAUAGAGCUGUGUCUGCCGGGAUGCCGUUUCUCUAUGACCAUGGUGGCAAACUUCGUGGCGUUGGCGGGGCAGUUGCUCAUGCCGGGACUGGCAGUCCUCUGUCGCGACUGGCAGAUUCUGCAAGCAGUCGUGAUCGCCCCUCUCUUACUCAUGCUGUCCUACAUCUGGAUUUUCCCGGAGUCUCUGCGCUGGCUGCUUGCGACGCAGCAGUACAGUCGCUCCAAAUGUAUCAUGGAGCGCGUCGCCAAGAAGAACAACAUCAGCCUCGAGGAGGACGCAGAGGAGCUCAUGACAGAGCUAAACCAAGCCCUGUCAAAGCAACCCAAGAAGACAUGCAUUGUGAAGAUGGUUGGCACAAGGAACCUGUGGAAGAAUAUAGUAGUGCUCUGCAUCAACUCACUGACAGGUUAUGGGAUACACCACUGCUUUGCACGCAGUCUGACGGAAGACCAGCAGACCUCCAUCUUCAAUAAUUUCUAUAUCAAGUACUACACCAUGGGGGGCACUGCUGUGGCAUCAUGUGUGGCGCUCUGUCCUGCCGUGGGUCUGAUGGGGCGGCGCGGGGGUCUCCUCGUGUUUAUGAUCAUCACAGCCCUGGCCUCUCUCCUUCAGCUCGGCCUGCUAAACCUGGUGGGGAAGUACAGCGCUCACCUGAAUAUAGACAACUCUGCAACGCUGAACUCCAACUUUUCAAUGGCUUUCUCCAUCAUUGGCAUGUUCUCCUCCCACGCUGUCAGCAACCUAAGCAUCUUUUUUUGUGCUGAAAUCACCCCAACUGUGAUUAGGGGUGGUGGUCUAGGCCUCGUCCUGGCCAGUGCUGGUUUUGGCAUGCUGACGGCACCCAUCAUGGAGCUACAUAACCAGAAAGGAUAUUUUCUGCAUCACAUCAUUUUCGCCUGCUGCACUCUUAUUUGCAUCAUUUGCAUCUUGCUGCUGCCCGAGACUCGCAAUCGGCCGCUUCCAGAGACGUUAGCAGAUGGUGAAUGCUACACCCGCCAACCGUUACUGCCGCCUCGCAAGCCCGGCGAGCAACUUCUUCUGCUGACCAAGUCUGAGAGCCGUGAGUAUGCAAGGGUAGGCGAUACACCUCUCCACGAAGCAGCUGCCACUGCUAUUUCUACUAUGGACUCUACUGCCUCAUCCGCCGUCGAUCUUCAGAUUCUCAUGGAUGCCCCCAUCCAGCAAGUGACCGGCCAGGCACAGAUAUUCAGUAUGAAGUCACUGACUUCUACCCAAGAGCCAGAUGAAAUCCAGCAAGAGUAUCCCAGAUCUGCAUCCAUGCCGGGAACCUCUGCCUCAUCCGUAGAGCAUCCUCUCCUUGCCUCUAUCCCAAACACUUCAACCCCAAUCGCUAUUAAUUACAUUCAAACACCUAAACCAGAAUCUCCCGCUGUUCGUCCUUCUUCAACUGUGGAAACUCCUUCGAUCACCGAUCCCACACUGGAGUCCCCUACCUCUUCCGAUCUCCAAACUCCUUCACUUUUAGACAUAGGUACACCAGCUGCUGAAUUCCCCUUGACUUUUGCUAAUGAUAUGGCCUCUUUAGGUCCCACCCAAACCUUUCCUCUCGGCACAUCCACUGGACAGUCACCCACUCCACCUUUAAACAACAACACUCCCUCUUCCUCAAUAGACUCUACCAUAUACCUAGUCGCUGAAAUUCUGCCCCUUUCCCCAACAGAACUGUCUUUACCACCAAUACCAGACCAGUCUGGUCAAGUCAAUGCCAUCCCAGCUCAAUCCUUUUCUUCGCCCAUAGAUCCCGGCUCUCCAUUGUUACAUUUAGUCGCCCAACCUGCUAUUAACUCCAUAGAAUCUGGCCCCACUUCACCAUCCAUAUUGGAGCCAACCUUAAAUAAUGGUACUACUCUUCUUGCCAGUGUGGAUUCAGCUGCACCUUACGCCACAACCACUGACUCUGUUACAGAAUCCAGCCAACCGCUUAUGACGAACUUGACUGUUUCCUCACCUAUUGACUCAGGUACACCUUCAGACGUUGACUUGCCCAUCACAGAAACAAACACUGCCAAUGGGGAGACGUCUUCAUGAUGGACUCGUUUGCUCUUUAAGACUUGGUGGGCGGCCUUAUUAUCAAGGAGAGAUUCUUGUCAUGGGGGCUCAUGCCAGUCAUUGUUUGAAGUAUUUUUAUUUUCCAGCAGCCAUGACGCUAGAAUGGCAAUGCAAGGAGAAGGUAUGAAAGGAUUUGACUGAAAGGGAACAACCAUAAGGGUUGAUGCUCAAAGGGUUUUUACUCUGCACUGGUUUCAAUGACUUAAACAGCCUUCUUAGGGGCCGUUCACACAGAGAGCAUUUUUCUAUUCUAAAGCGCUAUUUGCCAUUGUUUUCCUAUGUAAAGAUGGUUGACUUGAUAUGUCCCGCCCUCUCUUACUGUUUCAGUUGAAAUGACAUCACCAAAUAGAAUAAAGUUGCGUGUUCAAGGCACUUCAGGUGAUCUUUAAGAUGCAUGCAAUGCUUCUCAUCAAUGUCAGGUCCAAAACAGCAGACCACUUUAGAUGACCCCAGAGGCAGGGCAAGAGUUGACAGUAUCAAGUUGGCAUGGCAAGUUUAAUGGAAAUUUAAUGGAAGCAUUGCAGAGGAGGCAUUUUGUUCUGCACCAUUGUCUAAGUUUUUAGAUGUAAAGACACAUUCUGUGUGAACGGCCCCUUACUGUGGUGCCAGUAACUGCUUUUUGGGCAGCUAGAUCCAAAUUUCCAUGUGUUAUCAUUGAGCUUGUGUUAUUAUGAACACUAAGACCAGUAGUGACAAGUUCCCACUCUGGAAUUUCAUAUAGUCUAGUAAUUACUAAUAUCUGCUUGUUUGAUGGUAAUGAACAACAGGUAGGAUCACAUUAGUCAAAUGUGAUUAAUUCUGAGUCAUUUUCUCUCAAUUAUUUGAUUGUAAUUAAGUCUACUAAAUUUAGCGAUAUUCAGGUGGGAACACGGCAUCUGUUAAGUCCAGUAUCAAAGGGAAUUUCUCCAAAGCCCAAACACUGUAUAUUUAACACUGGGAAUGUUUGCCAAUGUGUUUUGAAGUGUAAGGUAAAUACCUCUAUGAAUUAGGUGUCGAAGAAACACCAGUUUCUGUGUUCAAAAGAAUAAGUGCAGACAGAUAUGCAUAUUUCCAAACCCGAUGUAACAUAGUCACUACACAGAGACUGCUCAAAAUGGUAUUUGUAUGGUAUGUUUUAUUAAGCUAAUGUGUUUUUUAAGCUAAUCACUAAAUUAUGGGGUAAUUUUGAGGAAUACAGAUGAUGUACUUCAUGGCUGUGUGUCUUAACCACAAUACACUCAAUCAAGUGUAUGCAACAGAUGUAUUGUGAAUGUGAAAACUUUUGUAAUUUAUGCUAUUGUGGUACUGAUGUACAGUGGUACUGACUGCUUGAAAAAAAAGAUUUUAGGUUACUAUGUCUGUAUCAAUGAGUGUAUGCCCAUUGGUAUUUUGUUACCAUGUCUGUGGCACUUUAUUGUUCACAGUAUAAAAAAAAAAGAAAAGAAAAAAAAAGCAUGUGAACAUGAAAAAAAUGAAGCUUUCAAUGACUGACAUUGAAGUAAUGAGAACAAAUAAUAAUUGAAGGAAUGACUACAAUUGUCAUCUUUCAUUUGUGGUACAUGUAUACCCUCAGCAAUAAUAUAUUUAAAAUGUGCGACACAUGCCAUGAGUUUAAAACAUUUCAGAUUUUUUACAUUGUUAAAAAUCAGUCGAAAAUACUAAUAUUUAAUACAAAUUAAUUACCCUAAAAUAUGGUAUCAUGUGGGUGUUCUUAUUCAUAAGUCUGGCUGAAACAAUAAAUUUCGGCACCAGACGUAACAUUACUUUGGAUAAAAUGAAAAGAAUGUUUUUCGAUGAUUGUGGCAUAUUCUUAAUCAUUCCAGCUAAUAUUCAGUUUCGUUAUACUUUCAAUAAAUAGUAUUAUUGCCCUGAAGUAUGUAAAAUUUGUAGAAAGGUUUUUGAUUAUUUUUGUCAUUUUUCGAGUUAUGCCAAAGACGGGGCAUUUUCUUCUCAAAUAUACCACGGCUUUCUUCUGCUGUAUCUUGUGACCUGCUUUAGCUUUUGCUACUGUUGUUACAUGUGGUAUUUACACAUUAUGAGUGAUGAUGAGUCUUUCAUUGUCAAGCAUGUUACAACAAAACAACAAUCUGAAAAGAAAAAUCACACUUUUAGAUUUGCAGUCACAAUGUGACUUGUUAGCAUGAUUUGGCUUUGAGAUUUGUCCAAACUGUAUGAAGGAAUACAAAUACAAAUCAGCAUUUAAUUAAACUGAUUUCCUAGCCAAGAUUUUGGAGAAAGAUAACAAUAUUUAACACAAGUGUGCAAAAACUGACAUGAAUCUCCAGCCAGUGCAUGCUUAACAUGAGCGCUUUUAUUGUUACUCUUAAUAAUCAAUAUUUCCGAGAGCAUUAGUUUCACCUUCAGUGAUCGUGCCAUUGAACCACAUGAGUUUCAAACAUACGAAACUUGCUCAGCUAGAUUGUGCAAACUGAUGAUUUUCCUGCUAGAAUGCUUAUUGCAGCAAUGCUGAGAAAGAAAUGCAUACUUGCAAUCUAAAGUGUCAAGAUUGUAAUUGAAGAUUUGUGCUUGUGUUGCUAGAAUUAUUUGUGUUUGUUUACUUGGAGAAGGAAUGUUUUGGGCCAGAUCUCUUCCUGCACAACGAUGAAUUCUCAGCUCACUAUUUGACACUAGACAUUAUGAAUUAUUAAUUAAGGUCAAGAUCAAAAACAACAAACCAGUUGGAUAAUUUGAACAGGUUAAAUGCCGUAGUUCAAAAUCUUAACAAAGCUAUAAUGUGACGACUCUUGCAUACGCAACUCCUGCACAAAAGUCACCCGAAUAUGACAGUAUUUCUUGGUUUCGGGUAGAAUCACUUGACAUGCCAGUCUUCUGCAUACCGUGCGAUGGUUGACCGUUAAUAACAGAGAACAGGUGCAGUGUUUAACAUCAGGUGCACUUCACAUUUGCAGAUCAAUGUGACCCACAUCAAACUGAGCUCUUUUAAAACUAGUAAUCUGAUCUGUCCAAUAUGUUAGAGCCAAUGCAAACUCUUUUAAAUUCAAAUUUGCGAUAUCUUGAGUAUAUCUAAUAUACUUGAAAAAAAAGGGUAUUUAAUACAGGUAUUCCCUCAGAAAGCAAGAAACUAGAAUACUGAGGAUGAAUGUAAAAAAAAAGAUUGUUUUGGGGUUUAAUGUACAUUUUCUAACAAAUAAUGCACAUGUAUAUAAAGUCAUAUGUGUCGUCAUGUGUUAUUGAAUAAAAUAUAUUUAUUGAUAUA